AUGUAUUAUACUAAUAAUGAAGUGUCGUCAACGGGAGCGCGCGCGCCGCGCGUAAGGCGGCCAGCUUCACUGUCACACAACGUACUGGCCGUGCGGCGCGCGGUGUGUAUGGGGCCGCGGGCGACCCCUGCAGCCCCCCCUCCCCCUCCCGGACCCCCGCACCGCAGCCCCCCACCGACGAACGACGACCGGUCCUUUGCAUUGUCAAGAUUGACGACCGGUAUAUUUAUAGCGAGUAAUGAUCCCAGUAUAGCUAAAUUCCAAGCCCACCAGCGCCUACACAACAGCUGUUAUGGCGCGUGCGAGUGGGAUGUAUGCAGGUGGCGGCAGAAGCUGUUUGCACUCGAACAUAUGUCGACCAUACGACUACACUGA